CCCCGCCCCGCGCCGCGCGGGUAGUGGUGGAGCGGCGGCUCCGCAUCCCGCAUCGCUGCCGGUGCGCAGGGGGCCGUCCGCAUGGUGGACAUCCUCCUCCCGCGGCCGCUCCAGGGCGCCAUGGGGGAGCCCUCCAAGAGGCGGCCGGGGCUGGCCCUGUGCGCGGGCUGCGGGGGCCGCAUCCAGGACCCGUUCCUGCUGCGGGUGUCGCCGGACCUGGAGUGGCACGUCGCCUGCCUCAAGUGCGCCGAGUGCGGGCAGCCCCUGGACGAGACCUGCACAUGCUUCCUGCGCGACGGCAAGGCCUACUGCAAACGGGAUUACAGCAGGCUCUUCGGCAUCAAGUGCGCCCAGUGCCGGGCGGCGUUCAGUAGCAGCGACCUGGUGAUGCGCGCUCGCGACCACGUCUACCACCUGGAGUGCUUCCGCUGCGCCGCCUGCGGCCGCCAGCUCCUGCCCGGAGACCAGUUCUGCCUGCGGGAGCGCGACCUGCUCUGCCGCGCCGACCACGGGCCGCCCCCCGACGGCACCGCCGCCCGCGGACCGCGCAGCCCCGCGCUAACGCCGGCCGCCGCCGCGCACCUCGCAGAACCGGUGCCCGGGCGGCCGCCCGCCCCGCGGCCGCCGGCGCACAAGGCGGCGGAGAAGACCACCCGCGUGCGGACGGUGCUGAACGAGAAGCAACUGCACACGCUGCGGACCUGCUACGCCGCCAACCCGCGCCCCGACGCCCUGAUGAAGGAGCAGCUUGUGGAAAUGACGGGGCUCAGUCCCCGCGUCAUCCGCGUCUGGUUCCAGAACAAGCGCUGCAAGGACAAGAAAAAGUCUAUCCUCAUGAAGCAGCUCCAGCAGCAGCAGCACAGCGACAAGACGAGCCUGCAGGGUCUCACCGGCACGCCGCUGGUGGCCGGCAGCCCCAUCCGCCACGAGAGCGCCGUGCAGGGCAGCGCCGUGGAGGUCCAGACCUACCAGCCGCCCUGGAAGGCGCUCAGCGAGUUCGCCCUGCAGAGCGACCUGGAGCAGCCCGCCGCCUUCCAGCAGCUGGUCUCCUUCUCCGAGUCCGGAUCCCUGGGCACCUCCUCCGGCAGCGACGUGACCUCGCUGUCCUCCCAGCUCCCCGACACCCCCAACAGCAUGGUACCCAGCCCGGCCGAGACGUGAAGCGGCCCGUCCGCUCUGCCGCGGGACCUCCGCAUGCCUGCGCUUCCUGCAUGAGACACCCGGCCCCGGGCCGCUCCCAGAGCUCCGGACAAACGCCUUUGUUUUUUAAUUAUUCUUAUUUAAAAACAAACAAAAAAUAUGUUACUGACGGCCAAAAAAGCACCGGGAUCCUCGCUGCCUUCACCAGACCGGAGAGAGAGCCCCCGCCCUGGUUAUUUCGUGGUUUUGUUUUUUUUUCCCCUGCGGAUUUCGAUGUUUCUUUUCCCCAAAGAAACGCGGAUUUCCCCGCCGGAGCCCAGCACGGUGACAGGCUGCCUCGCCCACCGCUUGCACUGGGGACGGUUUUUCUUCCCUUUUUGAAAGGGAAAAAUAAAUAAUAAUAAUAAUAAAAAAGAAAAUCUACAAAACUGGGAGAGACUCCUCCGGCGUGCAGCCGUGGUGCCGUUCAGCCUCAUCUCACACCGAUGCCUCUCCCGGGCCGUGGUGCCCGGCCCCGCACGAUCGCUGGAAAAACGGGAUACGAAAACGAGACUUUUUAACGGGAAAACCAGUGCUAAUAAUGUUAAGUUAUCAGUGGACGAAGGACGGAUUGUUUGCGCCUUUAACGAUCAAAAGUAAGUUAUUGUUAUUUAUUGUCAGAGUCAGCGGUUGAAUAGUGGGAUUAAAUAUUUUGGACUUAAUAAAAAAAA